AUAGAAAAUAUCUGUAACACAAAUCAAGUUUCCCUGGACAAGGAUGAAUGGAUAUUUCCUGACAAAGAAAACUCUCAACUGGAAUCCAGCAAUCCUCUGCCGAUAGCCUAUGAAACAUUCCAUGAUGUUUCAGCCUCUGCCCAAAGUGAUGACCAAAUAUAUGAAAGCAAAGAAGCAGCCGAAGUGCCUGAGGAUAUUUUCACCUACUCCUCAAAACCUCGAUCAGCACCUCAUGGGAAGCCCUUGAGUCUUUCUUCAGAAGAUUGCACUUUUUCUUUGGAUUUGAAGGAAGAAAUUAGCAAGGACUGGCGAGGAGCUCAAAUGGAAGAUGAUUUCUAUGGAAAUGAGAGCAAUGGAGAGGAUGAUAGUUACAUGGACCUCAUGCAAGAGAGUCAGAAUCUUCCAAAUAACUAUUUCAUAUCAGCAUUCCCUCAGCCAGUAAUAUCCAAGGAGAUUCUUCCCAAAAUGGCGUCCAAGAGUCCUGAAAGCAGGACAUACAACUUCUGUACAAAAAAGACUGAAGAAGAAACAUCACCACAAUGUAUUGAAGAUUCUGUUGUGAUCAUGGACAAAGCAAAUAAGAUUCAAAGAAGCUUGUUGCCCACUUCUUGUUUAUCCCCUAUCGGAAACCUAUCUGAACCCUGUAAGGAAACAUCUAGGAUCUCAAAAGUUCUCUCCACCAGUGUAUUAAGAAGUUCCAUAAGUAGAAAAUCCCUAAAAGAACUCCAUCUGGAGGACUCAAAUCCAAUAGUUCAAAUUCCUGAAUACAAUUGGAAAGACUACCAGCCAAGCAACAUGACCAUGUCUGAAAUGCAGAUGUUGGCUAGCAUGAAAAGGCAGCAAAAUGAAGAAUUGGAAUAUAAUGGACCUUCACAUGGGUUGAGUGCCUCUCAGAUCAACAAUUGUAAUAUUAGCAUCAGCACAAGCAGUGAUGACACAAAUACCUGGAAUUCAUGUCUCCCAGCACCUGUUAAUCAAGGAAGUCACUAUCAGAAAGAAAUGAACCCUCUUUCUCAGUCCAACCCAAGGGAUUGGCUACAAGUCUUCAGCCCGCCUAUCAUUCCUCCUAGCCAACAGGUGGCAGAAUAUAACAAAGCUUCAGCAAACAUAAGUGCCCAAGGAUUUCGACAGACGGCUUCAGUCACCAGAUACCUGGCCUUAUCUGGAGUCCGAUUUCUCAACAAGUGCCGCAUUGCUACUGAACACAUGAUCUCAUUUGACAAACUCUCAAGCUUUGUGACAGUUUCCCUUACAGGAUGUCACACCAGCUGCGACUGGAUACUGGGCUCCAUGGCUCACUUGGCAUAUGGCAUCUGA